GAAAUGUCUUCAUGCACAAGAUGUUGGUUUCAGUCAUUGACUUCUUGAAAGCCUUCUCUGCGCUAGCGGAUGGCGACAGCAAGGAGUUGUGUACCCGAGUCUCGCAGGUCUUCAAUGAGAUGGGACGCGAGAGCGUACUCUUCAAGCUGCUUCAGGUGCCGAGCACGGAGGUACAGGAGGCGGUGAUGGGUUGCCUGCAGUACGCGCGAUUGGAAGAGUUGGACGACGAAGAGGUACAGCAGUUGCUUCACAUGUUGAAUCCAGAGAUUGUCGAAUCCGGCGAACGCCUGCUAGGGGCCGUGCUCAGGAAUUUGACCCAGUUCCUGGAGAAGGAUGGAGAGGCCGCAGACAAGUUCCGACGGAAUCACACCCGGAGCGUGAUCGAUCGCACCUUCAAAGUCCUUUGUACCAACUGUUCCCGAGAGACCUUCGGAAACCCGGAUGAGGAGGAACAAAAGAUCACCCUCAGCGAGCAGUGCGUUCAAGUGCUGAUUACCGCCUCCUUCCAGCCUCUGCUCCGGCGACAUCUUCGGGGGGAGGUGGCAAAAGAUUUCCUGAAGAUGCUGAAGGAUCAUGAAACGUUGGACUCGUGGAACUGCCGCGAUAUGAAUCUGGAACUCACCUGGACGGGGCGACACUUGGACCUCCUCCUCUCGUGCCUCAACACGGUGCGCGGUCAGCAGGGCCGGGCGGGGUGGCGUUUGGAGUUGCGUCGUACGUUGCAAUUAAGGGAAGAUCCCCACGAUAUCAAGCAAUUCGUGGUGAAAUAUCCCCAAUGA